AUGGAUGGUGUCUCUCUUCCUCUGAUUGUGGUAAGACAGGUGUGGAAACACAAUCUUUUAAAGGAGUUUGAUCUCAUCAAAAUUGCAGGGAUGACUCAUAGAAUGGCGGCUUUCGACACUGAAUUCAGUUGGAACACAGAAUCAAUCGAGUUACUCAAAAGCCAGGGAAUCAAUUUCGACAAGAACUUGAAGGAGGGUAUUGACUCUGCUGACUUUGCAGCGUUGAUGUUGAAAUCUGGGUUGUUAGGCAAUCACUCUGCUUCGCUUGGGUUACCUUUCAUGUGCUUAUUGGGGAAAAGGCUUUUCGACUUGAAGCAUAUGAUGAAGUUCUGUGAUGGCCUUUUUGGGGGUUUAGAUACGGUAGCUAACAGAUUAGGAGUGGAACGCGAGGCUGGGAAGAGUCACCAGGCUGGUUUGGAUACCUUGUUGACUCUGCAAACUUUCAGGAAGUUCUUGGAUGUAUACUUCAAAGAAAAGAACAAUGGUGGACUCAGACAUAGUGGCCAUUUGUUGACAGGGAUGCAGUGUGUUCUUCACGGCUUGGAGUUGAAUAAUAAUCAUCAAUUGAAUAAUGCUGGCUUGAAGUUGAUUAAUCCAUUUAGUCAUGGGUUAAAUGUGAAUAUGUGUAGAGUGUUGGCUUGA